GGAUCUUUGUGGGAAAUGUCUGUCACAAUCAACGGUGGAUUUGCCUUUGUCUAUGAAGCACAGGACCUUGGUAGUGGAAAAGAUUAUGCUUUAAAGAGACUUCUGUCAAAUGAAGAAGAAAAGAGCAAAGCAAUCAUUCAGGAAGUUUGCUUUAUGAAAAAGCUUUCAGGGCAUCCAAACAUUGUACAGUUUAGCUCAGCGGCUUCCAUAGGGAAAGAAGAAUCUGAUACUGGACAAGGAGAAUAUCUUAUACUCACAGAACUAUGUAAAGGCCAGUUGGUUGAAUUUUUGAAGAGGGCUGAAGCAAAUAAUCCACUGCCAUGUAACACAGUGCUGAAGAUAUUUUAUCAGACUUGUCGUGGAGUGCAACACAUGCACAAGCAGAAACCACCAAUCAUUCAUCGAGAUCUCAAAGUCGAAAACCUCUUGGUCAGUCAUCAGGGCACGAUUAAACUCUGUGAUUUUGGCAGUGCCACAAGUAUAGCACACUAUCCUGACUACACCUGGUCUGCACAGAAAAGAGCAAUGGUGGAAGAAGAGAUUACAAGAAACACAACCCCAAUGUACCGGACACCAGAAAUAAUAGAUCUUUAUUCCAACUAUCCAAUCAAUGAAAAACAGGAUAUAUGGGCUUUAGGUUGCAUCCUCUACCUUUUGUGCUUUAAGCAGCAUCCAUUUGAAGAUGGUGCUAAGCUUGGAAUAGUAAAUGGAAAAUACUCAAUUCCUUUGAAUGAUACCAGAUACACUGUUUUUCAUGAUCUUAUUCGUAAUAUGAUGAAGAUAAAUCCUGAAGAGCGAUUGACUAUUACGGAGGUUGUGAAUCAACUGCAGGAGAUCGCUGCUGCUAGGAAUAUUAAUCUUAAAUCCCCAAUUACAGAGCUCCUGGAACAGAAUGGAGGGGUGGCCAACAGUACGAUGGCAAGUUCAGCGCCACAGUGGAACAAACCAGCAGGACAACUGAACAACAUGCACAAUGCAGGUAUUGAAAAUGAUGUAUCACAUCAUGGAGGGUUGUUUGAUAUCCUCAAAGGAGGUACGGAGCGCUUCUUGACUAACAUCAAAGAUACGUCCUCAAAGAUGAUCCAGUCAGUUGCCAACAAUCCCAGCUAUGCUAAAGGAGAUUUGGACAUUUCAUAUGUUACGUCAAGAAUAGCCGUUAUGUCAUUUCCAGCUGAAGGUGUUGAGUCUGCAAUCAAAAACAACAUUGAAGACGUUAGAUUGUUUCUGGAUUCCCGCCACCCAGGACAUUAUGCAGUGUACAAUCUAUCACAACGAACCUACAGAUCCUUCAAAUUCCAUAACAGAGUUUCUGAAUGUGGCUGGCCAGCACGACGUGCCCCGAGUCUACAAAACCUGUACAAUAUUUGCAGAAAUAUGCACUUAUGGCUGAAGCAAGAUCAGAAGAAUAUUUGUGUUGUCCAUUGCCUUGAUGGCCGAGCAGCAUCUGCAGUGGUGGUCUGUUCUUUCCUGUGUUUUUGUCGUCUCUUCACCACCGCUGAAGCUGCAGUCUACAUGUUCAGUAUGAAGAGGUCACCACCUGGAAUCUGGCCCUCACAUAAACGAUAUGUAGAAUACAUGUGUGACAUGAUGGCUGAGGAGCCUAUAAUCCCCCAUAAUAAACCCAUCAUGAUCAAAUCAAUUGUGAUGACACCUGUUCCUUUAUUUAAUAAACAACGCAACGCUUGCCGACCAUUCUGUGAGAUAUAUGUGGGUGAUGAUCGAGUAAUGACCACUUCUGAAGAAUAUGAUAAAUUGAGGGAAUUUAAAAUGGAAGAUGGCAAGGCAAUAAUUCCACUGGGUUUAAAUGUCCAAGGUGAUGUUCUCAUUGUGAUCUUUCAUGCAAGAUCAACACUUGGAGGAAGACUGCAGGCAAAGAUGACUUCAAUGAAGAUGUUUCAGAUUCAGUUCCACACUGGAUUUGUGCCUCGGAAUGCUACGUUGGUCAAAUUUGCGAAAUAUGAUCUUGAUGCAUGUGACAUUCAGGAGAAAUAUCCAGACCUCUUCCAGGUAACUCUGGAAGUAGAGGUGGAGCCUCGAGACAACAUCAGCAGCAGUGUACCACCAUGGGAAAACUUAAUGACAAAAGGACUCAAUCCUAAGAUUCUUUUCUCUAGCCGUGAAGAGCAGCAAGAGAUGUUAUCUAAAUUUGGAAAACCUGAACUACCCAGACAACCAGGGUCAACAGCGCAGUAUGAUGCAGAGACUCCUAAAUCGGACCACGCUUCACAGAAUACAAGUGAAGAGGAGACAUCACAUCAAAACAGUGAUACCUCCAACAGCUUUUUUGAAACAUUAAAUUGGGAAGAAGCAAAAGAGGACUCCCGGGCUACUGAUGUACAAACUCCUGAUGAAGGUCAUCCAAGCUUGGUGGAUGAAAGUGGACCAUCAGAUGAUGAUUUUGCUGCUUUUUCCAGUGAGCGUAACGCUACGAAGGUUGAUGAGCCAGAGACCCCUACUCAGCCAGAACAAACAAACACCGUAAACUUUUUUUUUGAAGCAGACAUCGAAGGUUCAACAGACCAAACUACAGAAGCUUCCACUGAGGACAGUGUGGAUUUACUGGGACUAAAUAACGAUGCCCAGGCUGACAUUGCACCUCCAACAGUGGAAAUGAAAAGUUCAUCGAGCAAUGCUGAUUUGCUGAACGAUUUGUUUGCUGGAGGUCCAACAGAAAUGCAGCAAGAAUUCGCAGCCGACCUCAUUGGGGGAGGAGAUGAUUUCUUUUUCAGUGGGGCACCUCAACCAGUUGAACCAGUUCCUGUAGCUCCCGUGUUGCAUACUUCAGCAGCAGACUCUUUUGAUCCAUUUGGUGCUGCAUUUUCAACAUCCAAGACUGAUCAAACUGAGCCAGACUUAUUUGGACAGUUUUUCACUCCUAAUGCUCCUGCUUUUUCAUCCACAAAUGGUAUGCCUCAUCCAUCAUCGAGUUCAGAUUUUUUCAGUAUGGGAAAUGUAACACCUGAGCUAUCAAAAGUGUCAUCGUCUGCCAGUCAACCAGACCUGAUGAGCGGAUGGAAUGCGUGGCCUUCCAGCAGCACAGUUCCCCAAACAAAUAACAAGACAGCAUUUGGAGCUACAAUGCAAAGCUCAACAUUUACUUCAGCAUCUGGUGCUGCCUCUGGUCCUGCUUCGAAUGUAUCAUUUAGUCAUUCAAAGUCCUUUGAUCCAUUUGCUGACAUUGGUAACCUUGGUUCCAGUUUACCAGGUUCCUUGAGUGGAGGAUUUACAGCUGGAGGAACAUUGACUCAGAAAUCUGCACAGCCAGCAAUGGGCAGUAGUUCCUGGCAGUCUGGCAGAACUCUGGGCAGCAAUACUACUCCACAGCAGCAAUCAAAGGCACAUCCGCCUAGACCAGCAGCCCAGACUAAACCCAACUACAAUUUGAAUUUCAGCGUCAUGGGUAGACGGGAGGAACGAGGCAUCCGAGGGCCUGGAUUUGGACCAAAACCAAAAGUUUCUGCAAACGACUUUCAGGAUCUAUUGUCUGACCAAGGAUUUUCUAGCACAGCGGACAGAAAAGAACCUAAGACUAUUGCAGAAUUACGAAGAGAAGAACUGACUAAAGAAAUGGAUCCUCUAAAACUGAAGAUCCUUGAUUGGAUUGAAGGAAAAGAGAGAAAUAUAAGGGCUUUAUUGUCAACUCUACACACAGUACUGUGGGAGGGUGAAACUAAAUGGAAACCUGUGAGCAUGGCAGACAUUGUGCACCCAGACCAAGUGAAGAAGGUCUAUCGGAAAGCUAUACUUGUAGUCCACCCAGACAAGGCUACAGGUGAACCCUAUGAACAGUAUGCCAAGAUGAUCUUCAUGGAACUGAAUGAUGCUUGGUCAGAAUUUGAAAACCAGGGAUCAAGGACACUCUUUUGAAUCAUCAAACUUCUGAAUAUAAUUGACAAGGCUGCUCCAAGUGCUAUGAUGGUGUGUUUUUAACUUCUAUUGGAACAGCCACUGCAAAAGAUAUUCAUAUCUUCAGUUGUCUUAAAAUUUCAUCUUCAUGAACUGCAGAGUUGUAGUUUAAAAUGUGUGGAGUUCUUCCUACAGACACUUGAUUGACGCCCUUCCCACAUCAAUAAGACAAUCUUUUUCUGCUGCAGGGUGAUGACUGUGCUUAGACACCCUCUUAAAAACCACAUUUAUAUCUUUAAAAUCAUUGCAGUGAUAUUUUCUUGAAAUGUGUUUGAAAGUCUAAUCUGUUUUGACAGAGAACUUAAACUACUAGGUGUAAAUGUUGGAAAAGGAUUCAAAGGAAGAAUUUUGUAUUAAGAUAUUCUAAAAAUGUAUAGUGAUAGGCUUAUUAAAUUUAAUGAACAUAUUCAACAAUUCCUUACCUUCAAAAGUUGGAGUUGAAGCAUUCCUUGGCAUGUUCAGCCCACCUGGCCAUCUUCUGUAGUCUUUGUUCAUGUUUGCUAUAUUUUGUUUGUAAUUUUAUCAUGGCUGUCUUUUAUUGAUUUCAAUUUAAUCAAAAGAUUAAUGGUCAGAAACGAUUUUGUUUUGUUAGCCCAUGUAGACUAUGCAUGACUUUCUGAAACUUGAAAUUCCUUUCAACAAUCUCUAGCUUUUUCAUUUUUAUGUUGAUUUCUGUAAUAAUGUAAAUUUAGUGUUCAUGAGUGUGUAUUAUGUGCUGUGAAUUGGGGCGUUGACCUACUUUGAAGCAUUAUGUUCCUGUUUUAGAUUUCAGUGACUAUUGAAAAUGGUUGUGCACCGUGCUUUAAGGUUUAACAUGUCAGUGUUACGAUCUUGACAUGUGAGUCUUCAAGUGUCAGCUAACACCUGAGAGAAAUCAUUUGUAGUAACUUAAGUGAAGUAAAUGUUAAUUACUUUUUCCUUGUAAAAAUUGGAAGUGUUUGCACUUUACACUGAAGCCACUCUUUGGUUGACUAUCCACUGAAUGCUACUUUCCAAAAGGUGGAAUUUAGAAAACUUUUCCUUUGUUGUGUACAUAAAAAAGAAACUUUCCUGAUAUACUUUCCGUUCAAAGGUCCUGUUUUACAUGGUCAUUGUUUGUCCAGAAUUAACUAAGAAUUCCUUUUCUUCUAAAGAAAGAAAUGCAUGAAUGGUGGGAUUGUUCAGAAUUGGUAGAAUUCUAAUAUCAAAGUCCAUUCUCUCCCAUUGCUAUUUGAUUUAGAGAGUGCGAUUUAAUUCAUUCACAGGUAACUAAUUUCUGCGCAUUGAAUUUGGCUUGCCCCAGAAAUGAUACAAUUUGACAGAAAUCUGGUUUGCAAAUCUAGAUUAACUAAACAAAUGUUUCUUGUUAAGAAAGGCUUACUAAUGCAGCCAAUUUAUCAAAAAAUGAAACACCAUUUGCUUGACUGUUGGGUAGUGAAGAAAGACAGAGAAUCUGUAUUACAAGCAUUUAGAAAUAUUCUGUAUUAAAAUCUGGCCAUAUAAUGUGGUAUUCUUAAUGUUCCAUCAGUAUUUUAAAGGUAGUUUUAAUUUUUUUUUACUUCUCUGCUCCUUUUUGUUGCCUCCAUGUUGACAUACUUUAGGCAGGACUGUGAAAAAACAUAAGUCUGAAUUGUUCGCUCCUGCCAACAGUGCCGUUGUGUGUUCUAAAGUUUGUCUACUAGAUGAUUCUUUUAAAAAGUCUGGAGAGCAAUUCUUAAUGUUGCGAGAGUCUUUGUUUAGCAAACUGUUUAACAUCAUCAAAAUUGAAUUUAAAGUAUCAACUCAGCUGAGAAUUCACAUCCAUGUGUUCAGUGUGGGACCAGAGAUCCUGCUGACUAGAGCUUACACAUGCAGCUGGAGAUUGCACAGUAUUUAACAAAAACAAAAUAACAUUUUUGAUAUCAUUGUGAGGUUAACCUGAAGAAAAGUUAUAUGCCAUGUGAAAAAUCUGACAUGUUUACCAAGUAACCUUUUUGCUUGAAGAUUACAAUGAACAAAGACAAUGAUGUGGCUUGCAAAAUGGAUUCACAACUGAACUGUUUACAUGUGUAGUGAACAUUACUAUUGAAGUUGAAACAUACACUCAUAGCACCUGUGUUUUGGUAUUCAAAAUAUAAGGGCUGAAAAGCUUGCUGAGAAAGUACAUGUCAAGUCAUAAGGAUCUUGAUUUUUCUUUGCAUAUUUGUAUAUCUUGGCAGGUAGUUGCUUAAUGAAGGAUGCAUUGUGUAAUUUUACCUGGGAACACAUAGUUGAAAUAGCAAGUGAUGCAUAUUAGGAAUUUUGUAUUACUGAUGAGACACUCCUAAAAUGGCAGGUGAGAAAUUGGGCAUUACAGCCAUUUAAGGCAUUCAGAUAAUAAAUUCCACGUGCAAAAUGAGAUACAUUUUCCUCUUCUAUUGACCAUAACUUAUAGAAAAUAAUGAUUUGGUUGCACAACUACUUUUAAAUCUAACAUAGUCUUAAUUUGUGUGAUUCUUCUGGGAUAUAUUGAAGGGACUUGCAGAAAAUAUUCUUAUUUUGGACAACUAUCUGAAAAUAUGUUACACGUUGCAUUUUUUAAAUAUGAAAAUAUUGUAUUAUCUAUAGAUUGUACAACAUAUAUGUGUAUAUAUAGAAGGAAGUAAAUUGAAACCCCAGACAUUGGAAACAGGGAUCCAUGUAAUAAAUACAAUAUAGAAUCUGUUGAUUUAGUCAUAUACAUCUCUGUCUGGAAAUAUGAGUAUCUGAUCUGUGAAUUGCAUUUAUGGCUAAUAAAACAGAUUAAUUUA